AUGAACUGGAACAUGAUUAUCUCGGGGUUGAUUUUGGUGGUCCUGAAAGUCAUUGGAAUGACCUUUUUCCUCCUCUAUCUCCCACAGAUUUUUGGCAAAAGGAAUAACAGUGUCAUCCCCACAAACAGCUACGGAACAGUCUGCCCCAGAGGGUGGGAUCUGCAUCAAGGGAGAUGCUUCCUCUUGGCCACUUCUGAACUGUCUUGGAAGGAAAGCAAGAGCUUUUGUGAAGCAGAAGGCUCCACUCUGGCAAUAGUUGACACCCCAGAGAAGCAGAAGUUUCUCCAAGACAUAACUGGUGCUGAGAAGUACUUCAUAGGCUUAACAUACAAGCCUGCGGAGAAAAGGUGGCAAUGGAUCAACAACUCCAAUUUCAAGGGCGAUGUGAUCAACUUCAAUCAGAAUUUCAACUGUGUGACCAUAGGCCUAACAAAGACAUUUGAUGCUGCAUCAUGUGACACCAACUACCGCUGGAUCUGUGAGAAGAAUGCCCAGUGA